AUAAUCAUGGUCAAGAUCGAGGUAAAUAUGCUUUUAAAUAAAUAACUGAAGAGUAUAAAGAAGAGAAGAGAGUGGAGAGGGAUCAACAAUCGCAUGAGAACCACGUCAGGUUUAUGAUCCCGUUAUUCUUCAGGUAACGUAAAACUGUGACGUGGGUCCGCAGUCUACAGGCAGCAACGUGGACACGAGUCAUACAAAAUUGCCUGAGGUAAACUAUAUAUAGUUUAAUACUUAUCAUAAAAAUAUCGACAAUAUAUAUAAUAAUUGUCGGUUGAAUUAACGGGCUCUAGUCAAAUGAUGACCGGUGACUAGAUCGUCUACGUGUCGGUUUUUAUUUACGUGCUGACAGUUUUUGUAAAAUUUUUGGAACUUGCUGCUGAAAGUCAGUGACGGUCUUUUUAUUUCAUGCAAUUUUAAAACUUUGAGUGCAAAGUUAAAAUGGAACUGACGAACAACAGAAAGGAACAGAAGCCGAAGGCAAAUGGAACCGCUCCGAUAAUUGCGGAGAGAAAAUUGAAGUCCAAGUACUGGGCUUAUUUCUGGUGGGUGUUUGGCGGGAUAUUUGGAGCACAUCAUCUUUAUCUUGGAAGAGAUGCGCAUGCUUUCAUAUGGUUUUCAACUUUAGGAGGAUACUUCGGUAUCGGUUGGCUCAGAGAUUUGUUUAAAAUUUCUACGUACGUCGAUGACGCUAAUGAUCAUCCUCAUUUCGUCGAACGGUUUAAGCUGUCAGUGAGACACCACAAGAAGCCGACGUUUUCAACAGUGAGAUUUAUCGGCGCACUUAUAGUCGGAUACUUAUGGGGUUUAUUAUUAUGGAUGGCAAUACCCCAAGACGAAAUAUACGGAAUGAACUUACGUCAUCUGAUGAUCUUGGUACCGCUAGCAGUUGCUCUAGGUGUGUGGGUAAUAGGAAACAUCGGCCGAGAGCAAGGAUCCCUGUGGCCUACGUUGGUAUGCUCGUAUUUGAUGUACCCGAGCCUCUACUACAUCGGGGACGACAGCACCUGGCUGAGUCUGAUGGUCGUAGUGGACGCCCUGGUGUUCGACACCUUCAGCAAGGAGUGGAGACUCAAGCCGCGGGAAAAAAAAUCAGCUGGCAAACGGUUCCUCGGGUUAACUCUCGCUGUCACUCUCUACCUCGCUCUGUGGACGAGUUACUUCUACUUCAAUGCCGUCGUCACUGACAGCGACGGAGAGGAAAUAAAAUUAUCUGAAGCUGUCAAACAUUUCUUUACCUCGCCCAUGUGGCUGGACUUGAAAACGACGUUAUGGGCAACGUGGGAGCAAAUAAAAAAUCAGGGAUUCUGGGCCACGUGGCAACAAUUGAUAGACAUGUCAGAUUUACGCGGGGAAAUGAAUGCAUACAAAGUCCUCGGUUUAUCUCAAACAGCAUCAGAGAGUGAGAUCACAACUAAAUGGCGGAUGUUAUCCAAAGAACAUCAUCCUGACAAAGUAAAAGGUUCGGACGAAGAGCGUAAAGCUGCGCAGGACAGAUUUAUGGAGAUCCAGCAGGCGUACGAAAUUUUAUCGAGCAAAAAAAAUCGACGACAACGUAAAAAUCGUCGCAAUGGAUGAUUUUAAUAUACAUUAUAUAUUUAUUAUUUAUUUAUUGCAAUCAUUGUCUUUCCAUCAGUCUAUCACCGAGUCUUUGACUCUGCGCUUAGCGCAUCUAUAUUUUAUAAUCAAAUAUAAUUUAUAAAUAUUUAAUAUUAUAAA